UCACGUCGCUGCAGGCUUGGCCGGCGUGAUGCGCAUGCGUCGGUCGCGUCACCGGCCGGACGUUGAGAGAGAAACCUCGAGAGAGAGAAGAGACACCGGGGUUAUACCGAGCGGUACGUGGGCUGUAAUUUGGCAAGGGGAACUGGAAACUUUAGAUUGGAAUAAAGAAAAAAAAAAUGGGGACUCCUGGAUCUGGAAGGAAACGUACCCAACAUAAAGACAGAUUUUCUGCUGAAGAUGAAGCCCUGAGUCAUAUUGCAAGAGAGGCAGAGGCAAGACUUGCUGCAAAACGUGCUGCCCGAGCUGAAGCAAGGGAUAUCCGGAUGCGGGAGCUGGAGCGACAACAGAAAGAGCUCACUCAUCGCUACCAUGAUAGAAAAUGGGGACAGAUCCAGAAGUGGAUGGAGGAUUCUGACCGGGCUAAGUAUUCUCACCGGUCCAGUCAUCGGCCAUAUCUGGAGUCUUCUGGGUUGACCACUAGCCGAGGACUUGAAACUCAUAGGAGCUCAUCGUUGGAUGUCAGUGGCUUACACAAAAGCAGAGACAGUACUUCCAGGAGGAGAGAUCUUGUGUCUGACAUUUUAAAAGAUAGAUCUUCGAAGUCAAGCAGAUACGGAACAGAUUAUGACUUGCUGAAGGAUUCCUCCAGGAGAAGCGUGCACUCUAAUCAUACCUACAACUCUUAUGGAAGCAAGAAUAUAUCUUCUAAUUCUCACAAAGACUUACUGAGUGGACUUUAUCAUGAUCAGCGAAACUAUAGCAGUCUUAAAUAUAGCAAACCCUCUUCCAGCUACCACACUCGGUCGUCUUCUCUCUACAGUGAGCCGUCAGCCACUACUAGAAGCUACAGGACAUCACCAAAGUUAAGUGCUACCUUGCCCCGAAGUUCAAGUUCGACAUCACUCUAUGGGGAUGGCAUUACUAAUUUGUACAGUUCCCGAACUCCCUCUGAAUAUAGCUACCAUUCGUCUAGAGCCAGCUCGACUAGAAACAGUCCUGUGUGUACAGAUGAUGAGGGUUCUAUAACCUCUUGUAGCGCUGGACGGGGGCGAAAAGAUAGCGUGUCCUCAGACUUUUCUGACCAGAGUGAAUCUGCAGCUGAUUAUUUUAGCCGCUCCAAUCGUAGGGGAAGUAUAGUGUCUGAUGAUGUCAGCAUUGCUGAUCUCAACAGUCUGGAGGACAAGAUUGACAAGCAGUAUUCUGAAGGUUAUUCUAGGCCAUCAUCUCGUAAUGCAGCUUCUGGGCUGCCAGGUACCUUUACUCCUCUAAGUGGAUCAUCGUCUCGAAGAGGAAGUGGAGAUGCCAGUAGUUUAUUGGAUCCAGAUGCUUCACUGAGUGAAUUAAGGGAUAUAUAUGAUCUUAAGGACCAGAUUCAAGAUGUAGAAGGGAGAUACAUGCAGGGACUAAAAGAACUAAAGGAUUCCUUGGUAGAAGUGGAGGACAAAUACAAGAAGGCAAUGGUAUCCAAUGCACAGCUUGAUAAUGAAAAAAGCAAUCUUGUAUACCAAGUGGACACAUUAAAAGAUGUCAUUGAGGAAAUGGAGGAACAGAUGGCAGAAUAUCAUAGAGAAAAUGAGGACAAGACUAAGGAUUUAGAAAGACAAAAACAUGCAUGCGGUAUUCUACAGCAUAAGUUAGAUGAACUGAAAGAAGGUAUUCGCCAAAGAGAUGAAUUGAUAGAGGAAAAUCAGCGCUUGCAGCAGAAAGUAGACACUUGCACAAGGGAGGUGUAUGAUCUACAGGAGACAGUUAAUUGGAAAGAUAAAAAAAUUGGGGCUUUAGAGAGGCAGAAAGAGUACUUUGACUGCAUUAGAAAUGAACGGGACGAGCUCAGGGAUGAGCUGGCUGAUGUGAAAGGAAAAAUGAAGAUAGGAGAGAGACAUGGCUUAGUUAUUAUUCCAGAUGGUACCCCAAAUGGUGAUAUAAACCAUGAGCCAGUAGUCGGAGCAAUUACUGUUGUAACUCAAGAAGCUGCACAAGUAUUGGAAUCUGCAGGAGAAGGACCACUUGAUGUCAGGCUACGAAAAUUGGCUGAAGAAAAGGAUGAGCUUGUGUCACAGAUCAGAAAGCUAAAGUUACAACUAGACGAGGAGCGACAAAAGAAUUCAAGAAAUGACACUUCCUUGACCGAUUCAGGUGGAUUAGAGAAUGGGUCUGACCUACAGUUUAUUGAAAUGCAGAGAGAUGCCAACAGACAAAUUAGUGAGUUCAAGUUUAAGCUUUCAAAAUCAGAGCAAGAUAUAACAACUUUAGAACAGAAUGUUCUUAGGCUUGAAGGACAGGCAGCCAGAUAUAAAACGGCAGCAGAAAAUGCAGAAAAAGUAGAAGAUGAGCUAAAAGCAGAAAAACGAAGACUUCAUAGAGAGUUGCGAACUGCUUUGGACAAAAUGGAGGAGAUGGAAAUGACAAACAGUCACUUAGUGAAGAGAUUAGAGAAGAUGAAAGCCAACAGGACUGCUCUUCUGUCUCAGCAGCAAUGAGGAUACCACACAAUAACAAUGCACUGCUCCACAAUACAAUGCGCCCCUCACCUGGUCUUAUUAUAGAAGUUCUUAUUGGCACAGCUGGUGCACCUGCCGCAUGGGCCAUCCAAGGGCUUAACCGCGACAAGUGACUUGUCAACCUUUAAUUUAUAAGUGGAUGGAAAGACUGAUAUUAAUACUCUAAACCUUGGUGAUUUCUCCUUUGUCCACAGUCUAAUUCGGGUAAUUUUCUGAGCUAAGGCACUACAAGCUGGAAAACUGUUCUUUUCAUAGGAUAUAUCCCUCACUUUAUUAUAAUCAACUUUACUUACACUCUAAUUUUUUUUGUCUGCUGCUUAUGCUGGUGAACAGAAACUACUGCAUGAAGAGGAUUCUCUACUACACCCUGGUGACAAAUUCUAUCCAAAUACGUACUGAGAAUUGAUAGACUCGCCUAACCCCUUCCCUGUUUAAGCUAGUCCUGGAUUCAUGGAGGAGCUCUGUUCUUGCCAAAUCCUGGAGAUUCUGAAGAAAUGUCCUGCUGGUUUGUGAGUUUUUGGAGCACGUUCUGCUGACAAGGACAGAUGUCCAGACCACACUUAAGUGUCUUGUGUUACCACUUACAGAACUGUCUUUCAUCGGGGAAGGGGUUAACAAACCAAGUGCCUUCCUCACCGUAAUUUCAACUUAAUUGCUGUUAAACUGUUCAAACUAUUAAACAGAAUUGCGCUAACAUUUAUACCUAGGAACCUUACAAUGUGGGGGUGGGGUGGGGGGAUUGUUCAUUCAUUAAACUUUAUACAUUUUGAACAAAGGAUUCUUUUUGUAAAAAAAUAUUUUAAUUUGUACAAGAAUUGUAUAACAGAAAAUAGGGAUUGUAUAUAAGUGUUUUAUUGCAUGGGUGAUGGCACUGCUGGUUUGAUAGUAUUUUAAUGAAAUUCAUUGACUGACCUUAUGAAUCGGGCCCAUACAUGAUGUCAGUUGUAUUUUGUUGUACAUUGUAAAUUAUAUAACCUGUUGCUAAAGUGUGAGUGGCGUGCAUAGACAAAUCAAAUUGCCAGGGGACCUAUUAAAUGGACACUUCAACGGUU